ACUCGAUUGCUCCUGUCUUCUAAGUCCGGCGCCUCCAGUCCAGUCCCCGCCUCCUCCUCCCGAGCCCGGGCACGGCGCUGCAGAGCGGGACAGGCGUGGACGUGGCCAAGCAGCCGUCCUUUCCAGGCGGAAGGCAGCCACUGCAACCAUGCUGGACUUUGCCAUCUUUGCAGUCACUUUCUUGCUGAUCCUGGUGGGAGCCGUGCUUUAUCUCUGCCCGUCUUCCAGGCAGGCUUCAGGUAUCCCAGGGAUGACUCCGACUGAUGAAAAAGAUGGAAACCUCCCAGACAUAAUAACCAGUGGCAGCUUGCAUGAGUUCCUUGUAAAUCUCCAUGAGAAGUAUGGUCCUGUUGUCUCUUUCUGGUUUGGACAGCGCCUUGUGAUCAGCCUCGGGUCCAUUGAUCUCCUGAAGCAGCACAUCAACCCCAACAGGACAUCGGAUCCCUUUGAAACGAUGCUGAAGUCCUUGUUGCGGUACCAGUCUGGCCUAGGUGGAGAUGUGGGUGAGAGCUGCACUCGAAAAAAGCUGUAUGAAAAUGGUGUGACCAAGUCACUGCAAAGUAAUUUCCUUGUCAUCCAGAAGCUCUCAGAAGAAUUGCUAGCAAAGUGGCUGUCCUUCCCCGAGUCUCAGCAUGUACCCCUCAACCAGCACCUACUAGGAUUUGCAAUGAAGGCGGUCAUGCAGUCAGCAGUGGGCAGUCGAUUUGAAGAUGACCAAGAAGUGAUCCGAUUCCGUAGGAACCAUGAUGCGAUCUGGGCAGAAAUUGGAAAUGGCUUCUUGGAUGGAUCACUUGACAAAAGUGUGACUAGAAAAAAGCUCUAUGAAGACGCUCUGACGGAAAUGGAGAUGGUCUUGAAGAAAGUCAUAAAAGAGCGACAGGGAAAGAACUUCAGCCGGCACAUCUUCAUAGAUUCCUUACUGCAGGGGAACCUGAGUGACAAGCAGAUAUUGGAAGAUACUAUGAUAUUCUCCCUGGCUGGGUCCAUAAUUACAGCAAAGUUAUGCACCUGGGCAGUAUAUUUCCUGACUACCUCAAAAGAAGCUCAGCAGAAACUGUACAAAGAGAUGGACCAAAUUCUUGGAAAGGGCCCAGUUACACAUGAGAAAAUUGAGCAGCUCAGAUAUUGCCGGCAGGUUCUGUGUGAGACUGUGAGGACAGCAAAGCUGACGCCAAUUGCUGCACGGCUCCAAGAGCUGGAGGGCAGAGUUGACCAACAUAUUAUUCCCAAAGAGACUCUCGUGCUGUAUGCUCUUGGUGUGGUGUUGCAGGACAGCUCAGCUUGGCCAUUGCCUUAUAAAUUUGAUCCAGACAGAUUCAGUGAUGAAUCUGCCAUGAGAAAUCUCUCCCUACUGGGCUUUUCAGGGAGCCAGGAGUGCCCUGAACUGAGGUUUGCCUAUAUGGUCGCUACAAUUCUGCUGAGCGUCUUGGUGAGGAAACUCCACCUGCAUUCUGUGGAAGGGCAAGUCAUGGACACAAAGUAUGAACUGGUGACCUCACCCAAAGAGGAAGCAUGGAUCACUGUAUCCAAGAGAAACUGAGGCGAGGAGUGGAAUCCGUUCUCGGGAGAAGAGACUUCUUGCAUCACUCACCACCCUCUGGUCUUUCUCUGUAAUAAUUUGGUUGUCUUCUCAGCCCCAAAUAUUUUACCCCUUUAAGUAAAAUCACCCAACAACAAUAAUAUCAGGUUGCCUGUUAACAAUGAGUGAAUUUAAAGAAAUCUGAAGAAUUAAUGGAGGAAGAGAAGCAGAAUUUUUGGUCCCCCCCCCCCACAUGAGCGCUGCAGGGAAGCUGCCCCUUUUAAUCUAGAAGCCCUUGCCCCUAAUUUCAGAUGUGUGCAGGCAGGUUCCCACCCCCCUCUCUCUUUCCACUUGUAUUUUUAUAUGAAGGGACAUUUUUGUUGUUGUUAGGGGAAGAAGGGAUCUCUUGUUCAAAAUCAAGCCCUGGCAUCGGAAAACACAUUCCAGGGCUAAACCAUGAUGUGACCUGGCCUCAGAUUUAAGCCCUCAUUUUGGAUACAAAAGCAAAUGACUAUAAACUAUCCUUUAACAAAGCUAGUUUGGAGAUCAGAAUCACUUUAAAGGAAUAGUAAUUGUGUAAAAUGCUAAAGUGUCCAUCACACCCCGAAUGUGAUGCGGGGGACGGGACGGGACUCAGUUGGUUUCAAAAGUGAAUUGUAUAAAUCUGUAAAGUAGUAGAAGAUCACUUACUAAAACAGAUCAGUUAUUUACAAGAUGACACUUUUUAAUCACUCUUGUGAUCACAGCCUGAGCCUUGGUCCAGCCAAAAUUGGUCAUGACUAAGCCCCAUUGAAACCUAUGGAACUAGCUAGUCUAAAUUAAUAACACAAGAAAGGUGGUAUAAAAAUGCAACAAAUAAAUCACAAGUUAGUCCCAUUGCUGUCAAUGGGAUUUAGUUGAAACUAAACUUAACAGAACUGGGACCAGUUUAGUUCAAAUGUGAUAUACAGAGACUGUGUGUGGAUUCAGGGUGGAGGUGUUAGUGGCUCUUCUGGAUUUCAUUGAUCUAGAUAGAACAGGGCUGCUGAAUUUCAGCCCUCCUGCAGAUAUUGUCAUACAGCUCUUAUAAUACCUAGCUAUUGGCCACUGUGGCUGGGGA